AUGUUAAACUCUACCAGACAAGAAGAGAACACUCUCAACCCUUACUACAAUGAGUCCUUCAGCUUUGAGGUGCCCUUCGAACAGAUAAAGACAUUCAGUCCACUUCUCUCUGAAGCAACUCUCCCUCGCAGUGUUCUACACAAUUACACCGCCCGCGAUGCCUCCUCAGAGUACUGUGGCUGUCUGAAUGGGGGCUGGUGUCAGGAGGGAGGUGUGUGUGACUGUGCACAGUUCCAGGCCCUCGGAGACCGCUGCCAGAUCAUUCCUAACCAGGGCCAAGACAGAGAUGGGAUCUGCAGGUCUUGGGGUCAGCACCACUAUGAGACGUUCGAUGGCAGCUACUUCUACUACCCUGGAACCUGCUCCUACAUACUGGCCCAGGACUGCCGCUCAGCCACACCACAGUACACAGUGUGGGUCCAUAACAGCCGUGUGUGUGAGGGCAGUGUGUACUCCUGUCCCAGGGCUCUCAGUCUCUUCUUCCCCAACGAGGAGGAGAUCCACAUCUCUGGAUACCAAGUCCACCAGGAGGGCCGCAGGCUGAGCCUGCCCCAAACAAUAGGAGGUGUGUUUAUAGAGCGUCUGGCUGACUACCUUCUGGUGAAGAGUGUGUUUGGCUUCUCUCUGGCGUGGGACGGAGAGAGCGGAGUAUAUCUGAAGAUGUCUGAACAGCACCACGGCACCCCCUGUGGCCUCUGUGGGAACUAUAACAACCUGCCCAACGAUGACCUCACCACUGCCCGCGGUGUGCAGACAGAGGAGCCAGCAGUGUUUGCUAACAGCUGGUCAAUAGAUCUGCCCCAUGAGAGAGGUUGUCCUCUGGUGGACAUAGACUUCACUGGACCCUGCCACUCUGAGUCUGAUAUGGACGAUGCCAUAGAGAAGUGCAGUGCUCUCCUGUUCUUCCCCUUCCUGUCCUGUCAUGAUAACAUUGAUCCAAACCCCUACGUGGCCAGCUGUGUCGCUGACCUCUGUGUGUCUGAUGAUGAGGAGACGUUUUGUCGUGCGUUGGUGGAGUACACACGAGCCUGCAGCCAUGUAGGAUACCCUGUACGAGAGUGGCGAGACAGCUUCCCUUCCUGCAAUGAUGGUUGUGAGGAGAGUUUUGUCCAUAGAGACUGUAUUAGCUGCUGCCCUCCCACCUGUACCUUUGACAAGGAAUGUCUGGGAACCAACUUGCACUGUCUGGACGGAUGCUACUGCCCUGAUGGGUUGAUUCUACAGAAUGGGACGUGUAUAGCAGUGUCUCAGUGUCCUUGUGUCUAUCACGGCACCUCAUACACACAGGGACACACUUUGGAGCAGGGCUGCAGCGUCUGUGUGUGUAUGGGGGGAGUGUGGAACUGCACAGAGAACAACUGUACAGCGGAGUGUUCAGUAGUCGGUGAUGUGUUUGUGACGUCGUUCGAUGGGAGGAUGUUCCUGCAGCCGGGGGCGUGUCAGUACGUCUUGGUUAAGAGCCGGAUUGGCAACAGAUUCACUGUUACCGUUCAGUACACCACCUGCACAGAGGCCCAGCAGCAGGCGUGUAUCCAGUCGGUGACAGUGGUACUGGAUGAAAAUGUUAGUCACCAGGUGACUCUGACCCGAGAGGGGGAGGUGCUUAUAGGGGUCAACCCCGCUCCCACCUUGCCCUACACCAAUGAUGUAGUGGAGGUGCAGAGGCUAACGUCGGUGUUCGUCCAGCUGAGGACCUUGCUUGGACUGCGUCUGCAGUAUGACGGCCGUGGUGGGCGCGUCUACCUACAACUGGACAGCCAAUGGCGUGGGAACACGCUAGGCCUUUGUGGAACCUUCAACGGAAAUCUUCGGGACGACUUCCUUUCCCCAGCAGGGAUGAUAGAGGGGACUCCCCAGCUCCAUGCUAACUCCUGGAGGGUCUCAUCUGCUUGCUCCGCCCCCAUCAACCAGCCAAUCAUCGACCCCUGUGAGAUGAACCAGCACAACGUGUUCUAUGCCUCUCUGUGUGAGGUUUUGUUGGGGAGUGUGUUUUCUCCCUGCCAUGGUUACGUCAGUCCCAGUGUGUACCAGCAACAGUGUCGCUACCAGGCAUGUCGCUGUGGAAACACCUGUCUGUGUACGGCCCUGGCCCACUACACAUACCUCUGCUCCAAACACCAUGUUGCAGUCAACUACAGGGCCCACGUCUCAGAGUGUGGGGUGGUGUGUAUGGGUGGGAUGCUGUUCCAUUCCUGUGUGUCGUCCUGUGGCCGCUCGUGCCGCUCCCUCUCCAGUGGAGAGACCUGUAACCAUGAUGACUGUGCUGAGGGGUGUGGCUGCUCAGAGGGCAGUUACUACGAUGACGUACGACAACGCUGUGUUCAGCCGUCUCAGUGUCAUUGUUACUCUAUUGGCGGAGUGUCCCAGCCAGGGGAGGUGUCCUUCAGCGCCGCCGGCCCUUGCCUUUGCAGGAAUGGAAGGAUGGAGUGUGUACCAGAAGAAAGAGAGCCAGAGCAAGGCCAGUGUUCGGAGGGAAAGGUGUUCCACAGCUGUUCUGAGCCCCAGGGGGUCCAGGGGGUGGUGGCUUGGCGAGGAGGUGUGGCCUGUGAGCUCACCUGUCGGAACCUGAUGUUGAACCUCACCUGUCCUCCCACCACACCCUGCAUACCUGGCUGUGUCUGCCCACCUGGGCUGGUUCUGCACCGUGGGGAGUGUUACUACCCAGAGAACUGUCCCUGUGCCUGGCUGGGCCUGGAGUAUCUGCCAGGAGAGACCGUCGACACCCCCUGUUACAGAUGUGUGUGUCACCGGGGGUAUUUUAACUGUAAUUACUCUCCGUGUCCGGCAGUAUGUACGGUCUACAGCGACAGACACUACCACACCUUUGACGGCCUGGAGUAUGACUAUCACUCGGACUGUCAGGUCUACUUACUCAAGAGUAUAGAUGGUGAGGUGUCCAUCGUGGCCCAGAAUAAGGAUUGUUAUCAGAGUGGGAUCGUCUGUAUGAAGAUGCUGGUCAUCCAUGUUGGAUUCACCAAGAUUUACUUCAACGACAACUCAGGCCAGCCUAGCCCCUCCAGUGUGGUAGGUAAGGGGUCAGAGUUUGAGCUGUGGUCAGCAGGCUACUACACAGCCAUCCACUUCCCCAAACAGGACCUGACCGUUCUCUGGGACCGCAAGACAACCGUGCACAUCAGAGCUGGACCACAGUGGAAGGGUCUCCUGAGUGGUCUGUGUGGGAACUUUGACAGUGUGACGGUGAAUGACAUGACCACGUCCAGUCACAUGGAGGUCAGCAAUGCUCAGGGCUUUGGAGACAGCUGGGCUCUGGGAAAGUGUGAGAGUGACUAUGUGGUGAAGAGAGCGUGUGAAGGAGACCUGGGUAGACAGCCGUACGCCAAGAGAGAGUGUGCACUACUCUACAGUGACAUCUUUAUCCCCUGUCACAACGUGGUGGAUGUAUCAUGGUUCUAUAGGAACUGCUUGACAGACACGUGUAACUGUAACCGAGGCGGAGACUGUGAGUGUCUGUGUACGUCCAUUGCUGCCUAUGCACACACCUGCUGUCAAAACGGUGUCACUGUGGUCUGGAGAAACCCCUCUGUCUGCCGUGAGUGCUGGUCACUCAACAUUGAGAAUAUCCUCCACCCCUAUCUCUCUCUCUCUCUCUCUCUCUCUCUUUCUCCCUCUGUAGAGUUAGGUGAAGGACCGUUUUCGGUGGUCAGUGCUGUAUAUAACGCUACAGUCUUCGGUGUGAACAGAACCAGUGGGUCAGUGUUUCCUCUAGUUAGGGAGUUCGUAGGCGGGCUGCCUCCCCCUGGGCUACUCUUCAACUUCAUGAUCACAGCAGGACUACAGAAGGACCGCACAUCACGUCUCCCGGUGGUCUCUCUGGAGUCAGCAGAGCGUCCUAACUACUUCCUGGUUGUGUCUGAGCGUACUGGGCUGCGGUUGGAGCAGUGGACCCGAGGGGAGGAGUUUGGCCACAGGGCUUCCUUCCUGCAGCACCAGGGGGUGUUCCUGCCUGGCCACACCUCUUUUGAGCUGAUUGGCCAGCCAGGAGUGUUCCUGACUCUGACACGCACGUCUGCACGAGCUCAGAAAUAUGACAACUCUGACAACUUCAAGACCAGCAGCUCCUUUACCCUGGAAGAGAGCAGUUUUGUGAUCCCGUACCGCAUGAUGUGUGAGUGGCGCUACCAUGCAUGUGCCAGUCCGUGUGUCCGUACAUGCAGCGACCCCGCUGCCACACGCUGCCACUUCCUGCCUCCGGUGGAGGGCUGUUUCCCUCGCUGCCCCAAAAACAUGGUUCUUGAUGAGGUCACCAGGAGAUGUGUCUACACAGAGGACUGUGUGUCCCUACCUCCCACUCCUACACCCUACGCCUUCGUAAACCGAACGACCACCAUCCCCACUACUACUACUGUUAGGUCUACUAGUACUAUUACUACAUCUAGGACCACUACUAGGACCACGACUACUAGUACCAGAACUACAACCAGUGCUGCCUCUACAACUGUUACUGCCACCAGAGCCCCCACUACGCCCAGUACAGCCCACCUAACAGAGAGUUUCACUCCCACCCUCACCCCUCCUCACUCCCCCUCUCUUCCUCCCCCUUCUCUGCCCGCACCCUCCACCCCCACUGUGACUGAGGACACCCCUUUACCUGCAGUCUCUCCCUCCAUCUCCCCCUCUCCCUCCCCCACCAUUACUAGCAGCACCACUGGGGUCACAACCCCGACCUUGACCCCUGCAGUGGUCACUAGAGUAACUAUGGAAAUGCCAUCCCCUACUUCCCCCAGCCUGGUAGUGACCGAAUCCACCACUCCUCUUCUCUCUCCUGAUUCUCCCACUCGCUCUCCCCCUCCUGCUACCCCUCCCCAGCCUUCCACCCAGCCUUCCAGCUCCCCCUCAGCUCCCCCUAUCUCCUCCCCCACUUCCUUUUCCCUUGCUCCCCCUCUCUCCUCCUCCACCCGCACCCUGACCACCACAGAAACACACCGUCCUGUUGCUACGCCCACGGAGACUACCUCUCUAUUCCCAGUCAUUUAUGACACCUCCGUUACCAUGUCGACAUCACCCCCCGAGACGACGGAGUCCAUAACAACGGAAACAGCCACUAGCCCAGACUCCUCUCAUACACCUGAGGCAGUCAGCAUGCCGGCAGUGCUGUCCCCCUUCCUCCUGCCCACCACCCCCUGCACACCCCCGUAUUCCUACCGUGUUGAUGAAUGUGCAGAGCUGAUCUGUUUUAAUGGGGAGCUGCUCCUCCAUAACUCCUCCCUCCACUGUCGGUACAACACCACUCCUCCUCGCUGCUCUCUGCUGGGCAUGGCUGUCCUCACCAACACCGACCCCUGCUGCCCGCUCUGGCAGUGCCCCUGUCGCUGCUCUGUGAUGUCAGACCUGCGUGUGAUAACGUUUGACGGUAACAACGUGGCGCUGUAUGAUAACGGCUCCUACAUCCUGGUCUACCUGCCCACAGAGAACAUCAUAGGAACAGUGAACAAAUGCCCUACCAGCCAGAGCGUCAACUCCAUCAGACGACCUAGCCCUAGUGGUGGAACGUCAGGUCUGUGUUUCAAGAACUUGAACAUCACCACUCCCUCCUACAGGAUCAUCAUCAACCGUCUUGACCGCAAGGUGUCAGUGAACCACAUCAAGGCGCGGCUGCCUUUCUCCCGCCAGGCUCUGUCAGUAGAGGACACAGGCAGUAUGUACCUGAUCACCACUCCUGGAGGAGUCAACAUACAGUGGUACCACAGCACUGGCAUCAUGGUGCUGCAAUACACCGCCCCCUCCAACACAUCUGCUCCUACUAGAGGCCUCUGUGGGUGUUGUGACGGGAACCCGGCUGAUGACCUGAAGCUGCCUAACGGUACGGUGGUGAGGGAGGUGGCAGACCUGGGUCUGUUCCUGCAGGCCUGGAGGGUCCACACCUCAGAGGACACGGAACACACACGACGCAUCGGAGACAACUGUACCACUGGAGACUGUUCCACCUGUCUCUCCAUGCUCAGACAGAGACCUUUCACUCCUUGCCACAGCAAGGUGUCUCCAGAGCAGUUCUGUGAUGUGAUGUGGGCAGGGGACCUCCACUAUAAGGCCCACCAGUGUGACUUCCUGGCAGCCUACGUAGCUGUCUGCUACACUUACCAAGUCUGCAUCAACUGGAGACGACACAACUUCUGCCCGUUGAGGUGUCCUUCAGGUAGGGAGUACCAGGCGUGUGUGUCGACCUGUACCACCCGGACCUGUCAGAACAGAGAGUUCUAUGAGGAGACCACCUGCUCCCACAUCAGAGAGGAGUGUGUGUGUCGCUCUGGAACCAUCCUGCACCGAGCAGACUCCACUUACUGCGUCACAGAGGAGCAGUGUGUGUGUACGGAUAACGAGGGGUCUCCGCGGGCCCCUGGGGAGGUGUGGAACGGGUCAUUGCGUGGCUGCUGUCUGUUCCGCUGCCUGGAGAACGGUUCUGUGGUGGCAGUAGAACCUGACUGCAGCUUUAGUCCCACUCCGCUGUGUGAGAGGGAGGGAGAGUACGUACUGGAUGUCCUGGAAGAGGGGGCCUGCUGUCCCAAGAAGAUCUGUGAGUGUAAUCUGACCAUCUGUGAGAGUGAGGCUCCGCCCUGUGAAAAUGGGAACCGGCUGGUGAUUGGUUACAGUGCCUUGUCCUGCUGCCCAGAGUACCGUUGUGAGUGCGACCCCCAUGCCUGUCCCCCCGUCACCGCCCCUGACUGCAGAGAAGAUCAGUUCCUCGUGGAGGUCCGUGAGGACAACUCCUGCUGUUACUCCUUCCUGUGUGUGUGUGAGUCAUGUAUCGAGCCUGUCCCGGCCUGUUCCGAUGGCGAGAUAUUAGCUGUGAAUCUAAACACCACUAACAGCUGCUGCCCUCAAUACCACUGUGUGUGUGAUGUGAACCUGUGUCCUGAGUCGUCUCUGACCUGCUCUCCUGGCCUGUCUUUGGUCCAAACCACCCACCCUGGACACUGCUGCCCCGACCACCGCUGUGAAUGCCAGUGUGAGGACAGCUCUCUCCCAGUCUGUAAGGUGGGGGAGGUACAGGUGGAGGUUCCAGAUAGCAGAAGCAUCUGUGGCUGCCCCCGCUACACCUGUGAGAAGGCAGAGGUGUGUGUGUUCCAGGGAGUCACGGUGCUGGGGCCAGGGCAGAGCCUGAUUCAGUACUAUGAAGGAGAGCUGUGUUACACCGUACACUGUCUGACACACCGUGACACACACACCGGAUACUACGCCAUGGACGUGUCCGCUGUCAACUGCUCUCAGAAGUGUGGCCCGCACCAGCUUUACGCAGCAUCGUCAGAUCCUCAGGUGUGCUGUGGCUCCUGUAAGAACGUCUCCUGUUCCUUCAACAGCCACAACAGAACCACUGAGGUCUUCACUGCGGGGAGCUCCUGGGUAGAUAACUGUACACGGUACGACUGUGUGGAGACGGCAGGGGGAACCGUGGUGCUGGCCUCAGGGGUGGUCUGCCCCCCCUUCAAUGACACAGAGUGCACUCAGAAUGGGGGCGUGGUCCAGAGCUAUGUGGAUGGCUGUUGCAGAACGUGUAAGGAGGACGGUAAGAUGUGUAAGCGUGUAGCAAUCCGAACCACCAUCAGGAAAGACGACUGCAGGAGCAACGCUCCGUUGACAGUGUAUUCGUGUGAUGGGAAGUGUCCGUCUGCCACCAUCUUUAACUUCAACAUCAACAGCCACGCCCGCUUCUGUAAGUGCUGCAGAGAGAGUGGACUACAAUCCCGCUCCGUCACCCUCUACUGCUCACGCAAUGCUACCCUGGUGGACUACAGCUUCCAGGAACCUCUAGACUGCUCCUGCCUAUGGAACUAAAGAGAUCUACUGUAAUCCAGGGGUAGGCAACUAGAUUCAGGAGGAUGGUCAGGGGCAUGGAAAAUAAUUAUAAUAAUUUGUACACUGUACACAGGUACCUACACACUGAAGAAGGCUGUAAAGACAAAACAUCUGUGUACGCUAUCCCUGAUGCAGUAGAAAAAUGUAACAUAUUGAAUAAUGAACUAAGCAUUAUGCAACAUAUUUUGUGAACCCAUUACACCUCUUUGUUUGUCUGAAUUCACAGGUUUUAUGCACCAGCCAAGCUUCUGGAGAGCGUGAUAGUUCUCUUUUGAUUAGUUACACUGCAAAUUGACCACAACUAAGCCAAAAAAUAACAAUAAUUUCAUACAUUGAGACACGUCUUUUUAUUUUGUGGAAAUACUUGGAAACAUUUCCUAAACUAAACUCAUUUUUAGCUGAAUUCCUGGUGAUUUUACAGUCUUUUUAACGUAAAACUAAAGUCUAUCUACCCUGAUCUAGUCAAUGUGAGCUCCAGUAUGGCAAACAGUAGGUUGGACGGAGGAUGGAAGGUCAGAGGUCAGACAGGUGAAGUGUCCAGGUAGGCGAGUUCUUUAGUCUUCCUUCAGUCUGUUGUUGAAGGGUGUAUGCUGGCCUGUUGUAGUGACCCUGUCAUUACAGAUGUGUAGGGCUGUAACCAGUUCCUCCUGUACUAUGAUAACACUAGUCCUAUCUGUACUGCUGUAGCCUGCUCCUCCUCGUGUGUAACACUAGCUAGUCCUCUCUGGCUUUAUAAUGUUCAGAUCAGUUGGUCCCAGCUGACAGGACUACUGCUGAUUUAGUAUGUCAGUGAUCUAGUUCUCUCCUGAUGACUGACAUGUUUAAUAUGCCGCUAAUAUUUGUCUUAGAACAAAAAACAUUCAUUACAAAUGUAAAGCUUUUAUAUUUGGAUUUAAAUCAAUUAAUUAUUAAUCCACCUAAGCAUCUGGAAGUAGAUUAUCUGUAGUUCUACAGAAGGCUGUAUCUGCUGUGUUGUUUAUUGUGAAGCAUUGUGCCAGUAAUCAUACAGUAUCUGCUGUGUUGUUUAUUGUGAAGCAUUGUGCCAGUAAUCAUACAGUAUGUGCUGUGUUGUUUAUUAUGAAGCAUUGUGCCAGUAAUCAUACAGUAUGUGCUGUUGCCAUCACACAGAUGUUACCACUCAGAAUAGAACAAUAAAAUACUCAACAGUG